UCACCGGAAGAUCUUAUCGCCGCCUUUCCUAUCGCAAAACUUCAAUCAUUAAAUCAGAAGAUCAACAAUCCUCGAUGGGUUGUUCCUGUUCUACCCGAUCAAGAGCUUGAAUGUCUUCUGAAUUAUGCCAUUAAAUUAUCACAAGCUGGUGUUGAUUAUGACUGUGAGCCUUGUGUUCGCUUUUAUCGUGAAGGUUUAACAAUUUCCUUCACAAAAAUUCUCACUGAUGAUGCUGUUAACUCGUGGAAAGUUAACAUUCAUAGCAACAUAUUAGUGUUGUGUGGAAAACUCUUGCAUUUGUGUGCACUUCAUUUAAAGAUUGACAAUUUAUGUCUUCUUGACUUACUGGCUAUUGUCUUCGAUCCGGAGAAUAAAUUUCAUACACACAAUGCAGCAAGACAAUCGGAAUUGUUUUCAGUGCAAGGUUCAACAACUGAAGGCUUGUGGGGAACAUUGUUAGAUAAUCAAGUGUUUGCAAAGUCACCACCAGAGCCACGUCAACCUCGUGGAUGGCUCAUAGAUCUCAUCAAUCGUUUUGGACAAUUGGGUGGCUUUGAUAACUUUCUCGAACGGUUCAAUGCUGGAAUAUCUUUGAUAAAGAAACGAUCAUCAACACCAGCUGAUGAAAUUGCUGAUAUUCCUCAGACAUCAUCUGGUUGUACAUCGUCGCUAAGUUUAAGCGAUGAGACAUCGAAAAUGAAGACGUCAACAAUAUCAUCAGGUGGAACAAGCACAAGCACGAGUUUAAUGCUUGAAGAUAACAGCAAGCUCACAUUACCAGCAAUUUAUCUUCUUCUACGUCCAUUUGGUCAAUGUCAUGAUUUAUUAACACCGAAAACCAUUGAAAAAUACUUCCAACCAUUGUGGGAACCUUUAAUUGAAAUUCUUGACAAUCUAAGUGAUGAUGAAUUGAAACGUGAUGCAAAGCUUGAAGGAAAGAAUGAUAUUGUUAAUGGAAUCAUAAAAUUCUCAAGACUUCUUAUCGCUCACAGUCUGAAUGUGGAAAAUAUUAUAAAAGAUUUGGAAAUGUGUCGUUUGAAGAUAAUUUUGCGUGUUAUUCAAAUUUCAAGUUGCAAUGGAAAGAUGAAUGCUUUGAAUGAGAUCAAUAUUGAGUUAUCAAAACAAAUUUGGCAAUGUUUGGCUGUUAAUGCUGCUUUUCCAAGUGACCGUGAAGAAUGCUUCCGUUGGUUUGGAAAGUUGAUGGGCGAUGAACCAGAUCUUGAUCCGGGAAUAAAUAAAGAAUUCUUUGAAAUGAAUAUCUUACGAUUAGAUCCACAACUUUUGACCGAAAGUGGCAUAAAAUGCUUUGAGCGAUUUUUUAAAGCUGUUAAUUCUAAAGAAGAGAAACUUAAAGCAAAACAUCGCGGUUAUGUGAUUGACGAUGAAGAUUUAAUUGGAAAAGAUUAUUUAUGGCAAGUGAUAACAGUGAGUGGUGAAGAGAUAGCUUAUAAAGCCAUAGAACUUCUGAAAGAAGUUUCAACAGCACUUGGGCCGCGUCUUCAGGAAAACAUUGGAGAAUUUCAUGAGAAUUUCAUCAGCGAUUGUUGUGAUAAAAUCAAGAUUGCUUACGACAACAUAAGUGUCAUGGGAAAAGCAAUGAAAGAGUCAACAAAAGAUCAUCAAGAGCUUGAGAAUCGUCAAAUGAUUGAAGCUGAUAAAAUUUGUCGAAUUCUUCGUGUGAUGCAAGAAUAUAUAAAAGAAUGUGAUCGUGUCUUUACUGGUGAACGUCAAAAUCUUAGCUUAAGUCGAGCAUCGUGUGAUAAACACAUUUGCUUAUACAUUCGCUUUCAAACAAAUGGACGUCAAUUGGAAGAUAUUGAAGUUACAACACAUACAAACGAGACUGUCAUUUCAUUUAAGAGAAAUUUAUUGAAGAGAUUGAGAGGAUCAUCUAUCAAUAACAUAAAAAUUGAUUUGUUUAAUAACAAUGGUGAAUUAAUUGAGAUAAGUGAUGAUCGUUAUCCAUUAUCAACAUACAACAUUCGAGAUAAGACGGUAAUAAAUGUAAAGCUAUCACCAAUGGGGACAGCAUUAGCAAGUUCACCUGAUAGUUCGAGUGAUAGUUCAACAGGAUCACCACCAAGACCAUGUCCUGAUAUGCAACGACCAGAAUCAGAAGCGACACUUCCUGGCGUCAUCAUCUCGUCGAAAAAUCAAUAUUUGGAAUUUUUCCUUAAACUUCAUCAACUUGGCAGUGAUUUACAACACAAUGCACUUCGUGAGUGUGCUCGAACACUUUUGCAUUUACUUCCAUUAGAUAGCACGACAGUUACACAAAUCCAUCAAAUGUGCAUCAGCAAAUUACUUUGUGACAAAACAAACGUUCAGACAAUCGAAGCAUUGCUACCUGAAUCGAUGUUUUUAUCAGCUGAUGCAGCUCAUGUUUUGUAUAAUCUUGAAGUGCUACAAGCAUUGUUAAUGCCAGCAUUGGAUCCACAUGGUGAAAGUACAAUGAGACUUCAAUUAGCAUGGCUUCAUUCGGGAGUCGCUCAUUUCAUUUUGGAUCUUCUUACGAAAAAUAAUUUCAUGCCAAAAGCUGACAUGCAUUGUAAGCGUGCUGCUUAUCAAUGUGUAUUAAAAUUGGUGAAACUCUUUCUCUUCAUUCUCGGUUUUGUAUUGAGUCGUGUUGGCGAUGAACCGAUUUCUUCGAAUCAUGCUGAAAAGAGUCGAAGUCAAGUUGAAAUUCUCAAACAAACCAUCACAACAAUUGUUUGUAAUUCUGACCAUACAAUGCGAGCGAUCGUUUCAAAACUAGCACAAAGUAUCAGCGAUGAGAUGCUUAGUGAAUCACCAGAAGAAGCUUUAGAAGUUUUGUGCUUUAGUCUGGUGCUGAAUCAUAAUGGAUAUGAAGCUUUAAGUUCCGAUCCAAAUUGGUCGAAAUUCUUAAUAUCUCUCGUUCUUGUUAAUGGAUCACGACACAUAAGACAAACAGCGAGUGAACAGAUUUUCUAUACAUGCACAUAUUGCACAGCUGAUCGUCGUCCAUUUACGUUUAUGGUUAAAUUAAUGGUUGAGACACUUAAAACAAAUGUCACGGAAUAUUCAUCAACAUGUAGUGAAUUCUUUGCAUUGUUCUGUCGUAUUCUAAAGUUUGGUUGCAACUACAAUGGACCUUUGAAUAUUUGUGAUAAUCUUUUGAUGCAGGAAAUCGAAUGGAUUCGUUCGAUACGUGACAAUGUGAAGCAAACGGGCGAGACUGGUGUUCACGAUGAGCUUUUAGAAGGACGACUUAACCUGACCAAAGAACUUAUGGCUUAUUUGAGUUAUGAAGUCAAACCUCAACUUAAUAAUCUCAUCAUAGAACUCGUUGAUGACUUCAUCUUUCCAGCUUCCAAACAGUAUUUACAUUAUCGUCGUAAUGGUCAACUGUUGGAUCUCAAUGCACCGCCACCUGUGUGUCGCAAUCCACACACAAUAUCUGCUGCAUGUGAUUUAUUGGUUGCUUUAUGCACCAAUUCUGUGCCGAAUAUGAAAUUGCUUGUUAACACACUGUUGGAUAUGUUUUGUUUUGAAAUUGAGCCUUUACAAGAAUGGGAAUAUCUUCCACCAGUUGGACCACGUCCAAAAGGUGGAUUUAGUGGUUUAAAGAAUGCUGGUGCAACAUGUUACAUGAAUUCAGUAAUUCAACAACUUUUUAUGGUUCCAUCGAUUCGUUUGGGAAUUUUAAACGCAAGUGGUGCUUGUACAGAUCCGAAUGAAGACUUUAGUGGCGAGUUAGAUAAUCGAAUCGUAAACGAUUUACAAAAUGACGAUGGAAAUGGAAGACGAAACUAUCAUAUUGGAAUCUUAAAAUAUGUGCAAGCUAUUUUUGCUCAUCUUGGUCAUAGUGUUCAUCAAUUUUAUAUUCCGCGUGGCCUGUGGGGUCAUUUCAAACUUCAAGGUGAACCUGUUAACUUGAGAGAGCAACAAGAUGCUGUAGAAUUCUUCAUGUCGUUAUUUGAGAGUUUAGAUGAAGGUUUAAAAGCAUUGGGACAUCCACAAUUAAUGGGAGCAACUCUUGGUGGUUGUUUCAGUGAUCAAAAGAUUUGUCAAGAAUGUCCACAUCGGUACUCAAAAGAAGAACCAUUCAGUGUAUUCAGCAUCGAUAUUAGAAAUCACAGUUCGCUUACUGACUCACUCGAGCAAUAUGUUAAAGGAGAAUUAUUAGAAGGCGCUGAUGCUUAUCAUUGCGAUAAAUGUGAUAAAAAAAUCGUCACUGUUAAAAGAAUGUGUGUGAGAAAAUUACCGCCAGUUCUUGCAAUUCAACUUAAACGCUUCGAAUAUGACUACGAGCGAGUUUGUGCCAUAAAGUUUAAUGAUUACUUUGAAUUCCCUCGUUGGUUAGAUAUGGAACCAUACACAGUUAAGGGAUUGGCAAAACUUGAAGGUGAAAAUGCUGACAUUGAUGAAGGUGAAGAUGAAAUGCAACCAACAAAAUACCAACUGACUGGCAUAGUCGUUCAUAGUGGUCAAGCAUCUGGGGGUCAUUAUUACAGCUACAUCCUUCAUAAAAAUGAAAGUGGCAACGAACAGUGGUACAAGUUUGACGAUGGUGAAGUAACUGAAUGUAAAAUGCAUGAAGAUGAAGAACUCAAAGCGCAAUGUUUUGGUGGUGAUUACAUGGUGCAAGGUUCAACAACUGAAGGCUUGUGGGGAACAUUGUUAGAUAAUCAAGUGUUUGCAAAGUCACCACCAGAGCCACGUCAACCUCGUGGAUGGCUCAUAGAUCUCAUCAAUCGUUUUGGACAAUUGGGUGGCUUUGAUAACUUUCUCGAACGGUUCAAUGCUGGAAUAUCUUUGAUAAAGAAACGAUCAUCAACACCAGCUGAUGAAAUUGCUGAUAUUCCUCAGACAUCAUCUGGUUGUACAUCGUCGCUAAGUUUAAGCGAUGAGACAUCGAAAAUGAAGACGUCAACAAUAUCAUCAGGUGGAACAAGCACAAGCACGAGUUUAAUGCUUGAAGAUAACAGCAAGCUCACAUUACCAGCAAUUUAUCUUCUUCUACGUCCAUUUGGUCAAUGUCAUGAUUUAUUAACACCGAAAACCAUUGAAAAAUACUUCCAACCAUUGUGGGAACCUUUAAUUGAAAUUCUUGACAAUCUAAGUGAUGAUGAAUUGAAACGUGAUGCAAAGCUUGAAGGAAAGAAUGAUAUUGUUAAUGGAAUCAUAAAAUUCUCAAGACUUCUUAUCGCUCACAGUCCGAAUGCAGAAAAUAUUAUAAAAGAUUUGGAAAUGUGUCGUUUGAAGAUAAUUUUGCGUGUUCUUCAAAUUUCAAGUUUCAAUGGAAAGAUGAAUGCAUUGAAUGAGAUCAAUAAAGUGUUGAGUUAUGUCAGUUACUAUCCACAUCGUCCUCAAUCAGAUGAUGAAGGUGACACAUUAACAGCUGAGAAAAUGGCAAAAUGGAUUAAAGACACUGACGUUCUGGGAAUUGUUUUAAAAGAUUCAUUGCAUCAACCACAAUAUGUUGAGAAACUUGAGAAGAUUUUACGGUUUCUUAUUAAAGAAAAAACACUGACACUUGACGAUUUAGCUGCUGUAUGGCGAGCACAAGCUGGAAAACAUGAAGCGAUUGUUAAGAAUGUUCAUGAUUUAUUAGCGAAACUUGCAUGGGAUUUUAAUGCUGAACAGUUGGAUUAUCUUUUCGAAUGCUUUCAGACGAGCAUGAAAACAGCCAACAAAAAACAACGCGAAAGACUGUUAGAAUUAAAUCGUCGCUUAGCGGAAGACGACAAAAAUGGUGUAAUGGCUGAUAAAGUUUUGAAACUCUUCUGGUCGUUAGCUCACAGUCCCGACAUACCACCGGAAGUUCUCGAUCAAGCUUUAGCAUCACAUGUAAAGAUUCUCGACUACAGCUGCUCGCAAGACAAAGACGCUCAAAAGCCGGUAUGGUUAAAUAAAUGUGUCGAGGAAUUAAAAGUCGGUAAUGACGAAUGGGCAUUGCCAGCUCUUCGUUUAAUUCGGGAAAUUUGUUGUCUUUAUGAGCCAACACCAAGUCAUGUUCCACGUGCACAUUCAAUGUCAAAUCGACAGCAAGUCAUCGAUCGUUUGCAGAAUGAACAUACUUUAGUGAUUCUGGUGACAAAUAGUUUAACCAAAUAUAUGGAAAGAAUUCGUGACUUAGUUAGAACCAACAAAAAUGCAAAGCCAAUGGAAAUAAUGCUAGAUAAACGUUAUCCACAUCCGCAACAGAUUCAAGAGCGUCUUGACUUCUUAAAGUUUCUUCUCAAAGAUGGACAAUUGUGGCUUUGUGCCGAUCAAGCAAAGCAAAUUUGGCAAUGUUUGGCUGUUAACGCAGCUUUUCCAAGUGAUCGUGAAGAAUGCUUCCGUUGGUUUGGAAAGUUGAUGGGCGAUGAACCAGAUCUUGAUCCGGGAAUAAAUAAAGAAUUCUUUGAAAUGAAUAUCUUACGAUUAGAUCCACAACUUUUGACCGAAAGUGGCAUAAAAUGCUUUGAGCGAUUUUUUAAAGCUGUUAAUUCCAAAGAAGAGAAACUUAAAGCAAAACAUCGCGGUUAUGUGCUUGACGACGAAGAUUUAAUUGGAAAAGAUUAUUUAUGGCAAGUGAUAACAGUGAGUGGUGAAGAGAUAGCUUAUAAAGCCAUAGAACUUCUGAAAGAAGUUUCAACAGCACUUGGGCCGCGUCUUCAGGAAAACAUUGGAGAAUUUCAUGAGAAUUUCAUCAGCGAUUGUUGUGAUAAAAUCAAGAUUGCUUACGACAACAUAAGUGUCAUGGGAAAAGCAAUGAAAGAGUCAACAAAAGAUCAUCAAGAGCUUGAGAAUCGUCAAAUGAUUGAAGCUGAUAAAAUUUGUCGAAUUCUUCGUGUGAUGCAAGAAUAUAUAAAAGAAUGUGAUCGUGUCUUUACUGGUGAACGUCAAAGUCUUAGCUUAAGUCGAGCAUCGCGUGGUAAACACAUUUGCUUAUACAUUCGCUUUCAAACAAAUGGACGUCAAUUGGAAGAUAUUGAAGUUACAACACAUACAAACGAGACUGUCAUUUCAUUUAAGAGAAACUUAUUGAAGAGAUUGAAAGGAUCAUCUAUCAAUAACAUAAAAAUUGAUUUGUUUAAUAACAAUGGUGAAUUAAUUGAGAUAAGUGAUGAUCGUCAUCCAUUAUCAACAUAUAACAUUCGAGAUAAGACGGUAAUAAAUGUGAAGCUAUCACCAAUGGGGACAGCAUUAGCAAGUUCACCUGAUAGUUCGAGUGAUAGUUCAACAGGAUCACCACCAAGACCAUGUCCUGAUAUGCAACGACCAGAAUCAGAAGCGACACUUCCUGGCGUCAUCAUCUCGUCGAAAAAUCAAUAUUUGGAAUUUUUCCUUAAACUUCAUCAACUUGGCAGUGAUUUACAACACAAUGCACUUCGUGAGUGUGCUCGAACACUUUUGCAUUUACUUCCAUUAGAUAGCACGACAGUUACACAAAUCCAUCAAAUGUGCAUCAGCAAAUUACUUUGUGACAAAACAAACGUUCAGACAAUCGAAGCAUUGCUACCUGAAUCGAUGUUUUUAUCAGCUGAUGCAGCUCAUGUUUUGUAUAAUCUUGAAGUGCUACAAGCAUUGUUAAUGCCAGCAUUGGAUCCACAUGGUGAAAGUACAAUGAGACUUCAAUUAGCAUGGCUUCAUUCGGGAGUCGCUCAUUUCAUUUUGGAUCUUCUUACGAAAAAUAAUUUCAUGCCAAAAGCUGACAUGCAUUGUAAGCGUGCUGCUUAUCAAUGUGUAUUAAAAUUGGUGAAACUCUUUCUCUUCAUUCUCGGUUUUGUAUUGAGUCGUGUUGGCGAUGAACCGAUUUCUUCGAAUCAUGCUGAAAAGAGUCGAAGUCAAGUUGAAAUUCUCAAACAAACCAUCACAACAAUUGUUUGUAAUUCUGACCAUACAAUGCGAGCGAUCGUUUCAAAACUAGCACAAAGUAUCAGCGAUGAGAUGCUUAGUGAAUCACCAGAAGAAGCUUUAGAAGUUUUGUGCUUUAGUCUGGUGCUGAAUCAUAAUGGAUAUGAAGCUUUAAGUUCCGAUCCAAAUUGGUCGAAAUUCUUAAUAUCUCUCGUUCUUGUUAAUGGAUCACGACACAUAAGACAAACAGCGAGUGAACAGAUUUUCUAUACAUGCACAUAUUGCACAGCUGAUCGUCGUCCAUUUACGUUUAUGGUUAAAUUAAUGGUUGAGACACUUAAAACAAAUGUCACGGAAUAUUCAUCAACAUGUAGUGAAUUCUUUGCAUUGUUCUGUCGUAUUCUAAAGUUUGGUUGCAACUACAAUGGACCUUUGAAUAUUUGUGAUAAUCUUUUGAUGCAGGAAAUCGAAUGGAUUCGUUCGAUACGUGACAAUGUGAAGCAAACGGGCGAGACUGGUGUUCACGAUGAGCUUUUAGAAGGACGACUUAACCUGACCAAAGAACUUAUGGCUUAUUUGAGUUAUGAAGUCAAACCUCAACUUAAUAAUCUCAUCAUAGAACUCGUUGAUGACUUCAUCUUUCCAGCUUCCAAACAGUAUUUACAUUAUCGUCGUAAUGGUCAACUGUUGGAUCUCAAUGCACCGCCACCUGUGUGUCGCAAUCCACACACAAUAUCUGCUGCAUGUGAUUUAUUGGUUGCUUUAUGCACCAAUUCUGUGCCGAAUAUGAAAUUGCUUGUUAACACACUGUUGGAUAUGUUUUGUUUUGAAAUUGAGCCUUUACAAGAAUGGGAAUAUCUUCCACCAGUUGGACCACGUCCAAAAGGUGGAUUUAGUGGUUUAAAGAAUGCUGGUGCAACAUGUUACAUGAAUUCAGUAAUUCAACAACUUUUUAUGGUUCCAUCGAUUCGUUUGGGAAUUUUAAACGCAAGUGGUGCUUGUACAGAUCCGAAUGAAGACUUUAGUGGCGAGUUAGAUAAUCGAAUCGUAAACGAUUUACAAAAUGACGAUGGAAAUGGAAGACGAAACUAUCAUAUUGGAAUCUUAAAAUAUGUGCAAGCUAUUUUUGCUCAUCUUGGUCAUAGUGUUCAUCAAUUUUAUAUUCCGCGUGGCCUGUGGGGUCAUUUCAAACUUCAAGGUGAACCUGUUAACUUGAGAGAGCAACAAGAUGCUGUAGAAUUCUUCAUGUCGUUAUUUGAGAGUUUAGAUGAAGGUUUAAAAGCAUUGGGACAUCCACAAUUAAUGGGAGCAACUCUUGGUGGUUGUUUCAGUGAUCAAAAGAUUUGUCAAGAAUGUCCACAUCGGUACUCAAAAGAAGAACCAUUCAGUGUAUUCAGCAUCGAUAUUAGAAAUCACAGUUCGCUUACUGACUCACUCGAGCAAUAUGUUAAAGGAGAAUUAUUAGAAGGCGCUGAUGCUUAUCAUUGCGAUAAAUGUGAUAAAAAAAUCGUCACUGUUAAAAGAAUGUGUGUGAGAAAAUUACCGCCAGUUCUUGCAAUUCAACUUAAACGCUUCGAAUAUGACUACGAGCGAGUUUGUGCCAUAAAGUUUAAUGAUUACUUUGAAUUCCCUCGUUGGUUAGAUAUGGAACCAUACACAGUUAAGGGAUUGGCAAAACUUGAAGGUGAAAAUGCUGACAUUGAUGAAGGUGAAGAUGAAAUGCAACCAACAAAAUACCAACUGACUGGCAUAGUCGUUCAUAGUGGUCAAGCAUCUGGGGGUCAUUAUUACAGCUACAUCCUUCAUAAAAAUGAAAGUGGCAACGAACAGUGGUACAAGUUUGACGAUGGUGAAGUAACUGAAUGUAAAAUGCAUGAAGAUGAAGAACUCAAAGCGCAAUGUUUUGGUGGUGAUUACAUGGGUGAAGUUUAUGAUAAUAAUCUCAAACGAAUGCAAUUUCGAAGACAAAAACGAUGGUGGAAUGCUUACAUGUUGUUCUACACUCGUAUUGAUCACAAUCAAACUGUUUACAAGUCUUGCAAUGAACAAUUGUCAUUAGCUGAAAGUAAGAAUUGUAUUCUACCAAUGCCAGCACCGAUUGAGAAAAGUGUACGCUUUCAAAACAUUCGCUUCUUACACGCACGAAGUCUUUUCUCAGCUGAAUUUUUUGCUUUCAUUCGUAAUCUUGUAAGUUGUUGUGUACCAACAACAAAAAUCGAAAAGAUGUCACCUACAACCGAAGAACUUUCACUUCUUUCUAUUCAACUUGCAUCACAAUUUCUAUUUCAAUUCGGAUUUCGAACGAAGAAAACUUUACGUGGAGCUGCAAUUGAGUGGUAUGAUGAUGACAUGUGGUUUGAAGCUAUCACACCACAUAUUCGCCACUCAGCUGUCGUUCGUCGUUGGUUCGCACAAAAUGCUCUCUUAGCACCACAAGGUCGUCUUGCUGAAUACAUUCUCGUUGCAUCAUCGCUUGAUAUUCGAGCAGUGUUUGUAAAGAUUAUCGUCUUCUUCUGUCAUUUUGCUAGUCAAGACGAACCAUUACCAAACAGUGAUGGCUCAAAUUUAUGUGAGCAAGUGUUGCUUUCUGUGUUGGGGUUGCUGAUGUGUGAAGCAGCUGAUUAUGGGAAACAUUUACCUCAUUUCUUCAAUUUGUUUGUGACGUAUGCAUUGCUGGGUGUUCACGAACGACAUCAAUUGUUGAAGCUCAAUGUUCCAGCAAUCUUCAUGAGAGUAGCAUUAGAUGAAGGUCCUGGACCGCCAAUAAAAUAUCAAUAUCCAGAAUUGAACAAACUUCAUCAAUGUGUAUCGAUUCUUGUUCGUGCUAGCGACAUUUCGUCACGUUGUCAAAGCUCAAAUGCAUCUAUUCCAUUGAAACCGAAUAUUUAUGUUGAUCCAAAAGUUCCACAUGAUCAGUUAUUACCAUUAACGUCAGAAGCUGAAGAAUUAUUGUUAAGUCGAACAAGUUACAUCAAGAAACUUAUUGAAGAUACAAAUGUUGGUGAAGAUGGACUUAAAUUAUUGCAGUAUUGCAGUUGGGAGAAUCCACAUUUCUCUCAAGCACUUCUCACGGAACUUUUAUGGCAUUGUGGUUUUGCAUAUUGGCAUGAUAUGCGUCAUCAUACAGAUCUUUUGCUUCACAUUUUGCUAAUUGAAGAUUCCUGGCAACAUCAUCGAAUACAUAAUGCUUUAAUGGGUGUAUCUGGAGAUCGUGAAGGGUUACUCGAUACAAUUCAACGAAAUCGGUUGAACUACCAAAAGCGAGCUUAUCAGUGCAUCAAAUGUCUUGUUCAUUUGUUCCGUAAGAGCCAAGUUGCCCUCAAUAUGCUUCAUGCAAAUCAAGAAAUAUAUCAGGCAUGGACGAAUGCAGUCGAAUGGCUUCACGAUGAACUUGAUCGACAACGCGGUGUCGCUAGUCAAUAUAAUUACAGCUCAUGGUCACCGCCAGCUCAAUCCAAUGAGAAUACAAACAGUUUCAUUCUCGAACGAUCUCAAUCGGCAAAGAAUAUUUUGCAAAUGGCAAUCGAGUUAUGUCCUGAAGAGGAACAAGAAGAACCAAAUGAUUCCGAAAUCGAGCCAAGUGAAGAAUUUCAACAACAGAAAGUCACCAAGGAAGCUGUCGAAGCAUCUGACGAAGAGGCUGUGAAUAAAGCUGCAAAGAAAAUUGACACAAUGCGAAUAGGUCCGCGGCAGGAACACGAAAUGGAAGAGAUAACUAGAUCACCAAAAGCUCUGAUACUCACUAAAGAGACUCCCGAUCAGAAAAAGGAAGAUACAAAUAAUUCUGCAGGAGAUUUCGUUCAUCCUGAUGAUCAUCACGAUCCAGAAAAUGUCGUUCCAGGAAAAAUCGCCAACAUUCAACCAUCUGCGCCAAUCCAAUCGGGAACACAAAAGUCAUAGGUCAAAGCGACGUAAGAUGAAACAAAAGCAAAAAAAAAAGAAUGAAAAUAAUUAAUUAAUUUAAAAAUAUGCGCUUAAUCAUUGCAUUUUGAUUAAGCUGUCAAGAUUUCUUUAUGAACUUGUUCUUUCACAGAUUUUUACAAACAAAAGAUAAAAAUGAAAAAUAAUCAAAUUAUAAACUAAUGAAUGAAUAAAUGAAAUCAAAAGAGGAGUAAUAAUAAAAGAAAAUAAAUAAAAAUUUGCAUUAUUAUCUUAGAUAAGAAACGUAUGAAAAUUGAUUGAUGAUGAUGAGAGCCUCCCUCACAUUAAUGGAGUAAUAAUUAUUUCCUGAGACUCGAGAUUAAAGAAAAGCAAAGAUUUUUUUAAGUUUCGUUGAAAUUUAGAGUUUAGAAAGACUUUCCUCGUCAAACUGCGCUUAAUUAUAAAUUAUGAUGGUAAUAAGAAAUAUUUUGCUCUUAACGCUUCUUAUAAAAAUAAUUUUUGGUUCGUUCAACAUUUUAAACAAGGAAAAGAUUCGAAUGAUAUGAAAACUGUGAGAAAUUUUAAUAUUUCAUCAUCACUAAGAAGAAAUCGCAGGAUAUUUAAAAUUUUCUUUCUCAAAUGAUAAGAAGAGAGAUAAAAAAAAUCAUUGAAAUGCAAAUUUAUUUACGCAAAAAGUCAAACAUGGUAAUCCAAAUGAUUUUUUUAAUUUAGUUAAAAUUGAUGCAAAAACAUUAAAACCUGG